AUGGCGGACUCUGGCAAGUCGAUUCGUUCCCCUCACAAGGCGUCCAAGACGAGCUCUGCCCGAUCGAGUACGGCACCCUCGGGCGCUCCGCCCAACCAACAAAUGGCCUUGUAUCACGAUUCAAACGAUUCUGACCAAGAACCCGCUCCAUUGCCGCGAAGCCAUACUCCAGGCCAUCUCGCCAGCAAAAGCGUCAAUGACAAGCGAGCAAGGACUUCCGACGUCGCCAUCCGGCAACGAUCCCAAUCCGCCUCUCAGGUCGCAUCAAGCUCUACCUCAAGCCCAUACCCAGCCAAGACGUCUCCUGUGACAAACGGGUCUGCCGAACCGCCUGCGGAAGAUGACGACAAGGAGAAGCAACGAACAGCGGAUUCGCGAGUCAGUUCCUCCGUACCUGCCGGCGGUCGAAAGGCCCCAUCCUCCUCAGCAACAUCUCGGAAAUCCAACAAGGUCAUCCGACCCCCUCGGGGGCAACACAUACCUUUCCCGCCGCUCCCUGAUCCCAAGGACGCAGCGGACGUUGAGCCCGCCCCAGCAUCUGGCUUGUAUUGGUCAAGAGCCUUUGUGUCAGGAUCGCCGCACUCAAACCUCAGGGCGCACACGACAACCUUGAUCGGGUCCAAUAUUUACGUCUUUGGCGGCUGUGACACACGAACAUGCUUCAAUACAGUCUAUGUCCUCGAUGCCGACGCCUUCUACUGGUCCGUCCCGCACGUGGUUGGCGAUAUUCCCUUGCCACUACGCGCAAUGACCUGCACCGCCGUCGGUAAAAAGCUGGUCGUGUUUGGCGGCGGCGAUGGCCCGGCAUAUUACAACGACGUGUACGUUUUAGAUACCGUCAAUUUUCGGUGGACAAAGCCUACUAUAACAGGCGACAGGGUCCCGUCCAAGCGGAGAGCCCACACGGCAUGCCUUUACAAAAACGGCAUCUACGUGUUUGGGGGCGGCGACGGCGUCAGAGCACUCAACGACAUUUGGAGACUCGACGUCAGCGACCCGACCAAAAUGUCGUGGAGGCUCAUAUCCGGGCCCGAAAAGACACCAAGCUCGAGCUCGACCGCCAAACACCACCGUCCCAAAGCCCGCGGCUACCACACAGCCAACAUUGUUGGCAGCAAGCUGAUCAUCUUUGGCGGCUCAGACGGCGGCGAAUGCUUCGACGACGUGUGGGUCUACGACGUUGAAACACACGUCUGGAAAUCGGUUUCCAUACCGGUUACCUAUAGACGCCUAUCUCACACAGCCACAAUCGUAGGCUCAUAUCUGUUCGUGAUUGGAGGUCACGACGGAAGUGACUACUGCAACGAUGUGAUACUCCUGAAUCUCGUGACGAUGACGUGGGAUAAGAGGAAAGUCUACGGGAAGCCGCCGAGCGGUCGGGGAUAUCACGGGACGGUGCUACAUGACAGCAGAUUAUUGGUAAUUGGAGGGUUUGACGGCAGUGAAGUAUUUGGGGAUGUGUCGAUACUGGAGUUGGCGGUGCAUGCGUAUUAUUCGCAGAUAAGCCACUUUACAAUUGAAGUUUGA